CCCAGAGUGAUUACAAAUAGACAAAAGAGUAAGAAUAAAUAAACCAGAAAAAUAAAAGAAAAAGUGAAUUAACUUAAUUCAUAAAUGCAAAGUUGGAACUUUUCAUAAAUGAUUAAAAAGUGUUUUUUUUUUCUCUUGUGGUUUUUUUAUGUUGAGAAUGUAAGAAUUGUACAUCGUUGAAUGUUAUGUUGCCUUUAAGAGAAUGUGAGGUAGAGUUCACUUGUCGACCUAUCAGGAGAGACGCAGCGUGAAGCAAGCGGAUGAUGUCACCAGCGCGCGAAAGAGACUGAGAGAGAGGAGACUCAGCAGAAAGAUCGGCAGAGAUCGUUCUGAGUGAAACUGUUAGUAGUUGAAACCUGAAACCAGAUAAAGCGUCUAGAAAGACAUUGAUUUUCCUUUGAACUGAACUUUAUUUUGUUUCUUGAGUGAUUUUGAGUUAUUUUUGAGUGUUUUUCAACAUGAACACGGCGAUGACGCAGACUGAAUUCAUCACCGCAUGGAAGAUGGCGAGCCUCCCAGCGAAUCUCAAUUUCAAAUGAAACCAUCGAACGAUUUCAGCGGAUUCACUGCUAGUUUUCCCCGGACGGAGGAAAAAUAAUCUGUGAGUGAACAAACAUCAAACUCUUCUUUUCUCCUCCUUUGUGCUAUUCUGUUCAAUACGAUGGAAGGAGGCCUGGAUUGAUGCAUCUAACGUCUCAUUUAGUUUUGGUCGAUUGUUCAACACAACAGUAGGCCUGGAUUGUUGCAUACUACUCAUUCGGAGGUACUGGUCCACGUUUCCUCUUGUUUACCUCACCUGGGUGUCCAUUCAGCCGUGGUGCCCUGGUGACCUGUAGGAGGCGCUACAGUUUUGGCGAGCCAGCCAGGAGCAGUAAGUAGAGAGAUAUCUUAAUAACAGAGAACAGACAAAUUUAAAGAGACAUUGCUCUGUAAAGAAUGGAAGUCAUUGAGCGAGAGAAUGUUAAGGUUCCGAACUCACUUAUUGUGAGUGGUAUUACAAAUACCGAGAGGGACAAUGAUUUGACUGAGCAUCUUAGCAGAUAUGGGUGCAUUGGCAGGAUUGUUGCCAUUGACAACCCUGAGUCCCCAUAUCACAAAAAUGUGAUAAUUGAGUAUGAGAGUGGAAGUGCACUGAAGAGCUUAGAGCCUCAGCUGCCAUUCAUUUUUGAAAGCCCACAUCAGCCCAAUCUCAGGUAUGAGAUUAAAGCUUUGUCCAGUAUUUAUGUUCAAACAGUCGCUAGUAGCGUCACCAAGGGCUUUAUGGAGGAAUUGAAGCGCAUUGCAAUGCUGAGUGGUAAAUCUUUUGAAGACAUCUUAAAUGAGGAGCUUUCAAAAUGCACAGAACCUGUAUCUCGAAAUGAAGAUGAAUCUAGGAGAACUGUUCAACCACCUACUAUGGUGAAUGCCAUGCCUGAGAUCCAAACGGAUUUACCUCGGGUCAGUCAAGUUCAGGGGAACCGUGAAACACUCACUAAUGCUGCAUUUGUUCCAUUAACCAGAAUGUCUAUCCCUAAUGUGAAUCCCCCAGAAGUACAGCGUGUUGUAGUUGAGCAUAUUGUGAAGAGUGAAGAUGCUGCUUCUCACAUGCAUGCUCCUCUCAAGCUAAAGUUCUUUUCUGGAAGAUCCCCUCGUCCAGGGAAUGAGGUGGAUUAUGAUACAUGGCACAACAGCGUUGAACUUAUGCUACAAGAUCCUGCUUUUUCUGAUCUAGUCAGAUCUCGAAAAAUUAUUGACAGUCUUUUGCCUCCAGCGGCAGACAUUGUGCGAACACUGGGUUCUCAUGCUACACCCAGAGCAUAUAUUGAUUUAUUAGAUUCAGCUUUUGGAGCUGUGGAAGAUGGCGAUGAUUUGUUUGCUAAAUUCUUGAACACACUGCAAGAUGCUGGAGAGAGACCAUCCCAGUUUUUGCAACGUUUGCAAGUAGCUUUGACGCUGGCCAUAAAAAGAGGUGGUGUGUCCUCUGAUGGGGCUGAUCGACACUUGCUUAGACAGUUCUGUAGGGGUUGUUGGGACAAUGCCCUCAUUUCAGAGUUUCAGCUUGAACAAAAGAAAACUGAUCCCCCUUCUUUUUCAGAACUUUUGCUGCUGUUGCGUACAGCUGAAGACAAACAAAGCACAAAAGAGUCCCGUAUGAAAAAGCAUCUUGGUACAUCUAAGCAGCGCACCUCAUCUUACUCCUUGUAUGCUUCUUCGGAUGAGGUGGAGUCACCUCAAACUUCGGUUUCUGACUUGAAGAAGCAAAUUUCAUUGCUUCAGGGACAUGUCGAGAGCUUAAGGAAGGCCAAACCCGUCAGAAGUCGCGUACUGUUGCUAAAGCUCUUUGGGAGAAUUUCAUAGUCCCUUAUGGAAUCCCAGAGAAGUUACAUAGUGACCAGGGAGCUGACUUUGAGUCAAAGACUAUUAAAGAGCUUUGUCAACUGAUGGGAAUCCAUAAGAUCAGAACAACCCCUUACCAUCCCAGGGGGAAUCCAGUUGAACGAUUCAAUCGUACUCUCCUAAGUAUGCUUGGUACGCUUAAAGAGUGUGAUAAGUUGCAUUGGAGUACUUUUGUGAAACCCCUCGUACACGCGUACAACUGCACCAAACAUGAUUCUACUGGGUUUACCCCAUAUGAAUUGAUGUUUGGGAGGCAGCCGCGCUUGCCUAUAGACUUGGCUUUUGAUGUACCUCAGAACCGAGAGCAGUUUAAGACGCAUUCACAGUAUGUGCGUGAUUUGAAGACUAGGUUGCAAGGAACUUAUGACUUAGCAAUGAGAAAUGCUGCUAAAGUUGGAGAGAGGAACAAAGCUCGUUUUGACAAGCAUGUUCUUGAAACUACACUGGACACUGGAGAUAGGGUUCUAGUUAGGAAUGUACGCCUAAGGGGUAAACAUAAACUGGCUGACAAGUGGGAAUCACUUGUAUAUGUUGUUGUGAACAAGGCUGGUGAACUUCCUGUGUACACUGUUAAGCCAGAAGGCAAAGAUGGUCCUUUAAGAACUCUUCAUAGGGAUCUUUUACUCCCGUGUGAAUUGUUGCAGUUACCUGAAGAGGUAGUUGAUUUGUCCAGGUCUCGGAAACGUCCGCCAACUCGUAGAAAUCCGAGUAAUGAGGUACAAGAGCAGCCAAAAUCUGACUCUGAUGAUGAUAGCUGUUUAGAACUGCUGUACCGAGAUCCUCUUAACUGCACAAAUACCAGAUUCAUUGAGGUUUAUGAAACAGAAAAAGUGUCACAGAAUGAUGUUUCCUCAAACACUGUAGUUCAGGACUCUGUUGAUAACAUUCCAACUGAGGACUUGCUUGUCCAGUCACCUGGGCCAGAGCAUUCUACAAUUGAAAGUGUACCUAUCUUGAAUUACUUUCCUGCUGAUAAUCCUGAGGUAAAUGAAAAUUUACCUGCAGUUACUUCUAACACGCCCACUGAUCAGAGCAUACCUGUAAAAGAAACGGAAAAGGUCUGUGAACAUGAAUCUGUACAAGAGCAAAAUGAAAAUGAUGGCAAUUUCAUCAGAAAGUCUAAUAGAGUUAGACAGAAACCAAGAGUGUUCACUUACCCCGAAUUGGGUAAUCCUUUGGUUUCAAUAGUACAGUCUCUAUUCCAGAGUCUUAGUACAGCCGUGACUGACUCUAUUAUGGAAAGCAGUUUUUCUAAUUCAUCUGAACCCGUGGUAACACAGCCUAUUAGUUGCAUGCACAGGGACGUGCAUAGAGUUAGUGGGGGAGGGUGUAACCCAGAGUGAUUACAAAUAGACAAAAGAGUAAGAAUAAAUAAACCAGAAAAAUAAAAGAAAAAGUGAAUUAACUUAAUUCAUAAAUGCAAAGUUGGAACUUUUCAUAAAUGAUUAAAAAGUGUUUUUUUUUUCUCUUGUGGUUUUUUUAUGUUGAGAAUGUAAGAAUUGUACAUCGUUGAAUGUUAUGUUGCCUUUAAGAGAAUGUGAGGUAGAGUUCACUUGUCGACCUAUCAGGAGAGACGCAGCGUGAAGCAAGCGGAUGAUGUCACCAGCGCGCGAAAGAGACUGAGAGAGAGGAGACUCAGCAGAAAGAUCGGCAGAGAUCGUUCUGAGUGAAACUGUUAGUAGUUGAAACCUGAAACCAGAUAAAGCGUCUAGAAAGACAUUGAUUUUCCUUUGAACUGAACUUUAUUUUGUUUCUUGAGUGAUUUUGAGUUAUUUUUGAGUGUUUUUCAACAUGAACACGGCGAUGACGCAGACUGAAUUCAUCACCGCAUGGAAGAUGGCGAGCCUCCCAGCGAAUCUCAAUUGCAAAUGAAACCAUCGAACGAUUUCAGCGGAUUCACUGCUAGUUUUCCCCGGACGGAGGAAAAAUAAUCUGUGAGUGAACAAACAUCAAACUCUUCUUUUCUCCUCCUUUGUGCUAUUCUGUUCAAUACGAUGGAAGGAGGCCUGGAUUGAUGCAUCUAACGUCUCAUUUAGUUUUGGUCGAUUGUUCAACACAACAGUAGGCCUGGAUUGUUGCAUACUACUCAUUCGGGUAUGGACGAUUGUUUUUUUUUUAUUCAGAGACUGGUAACAUUAUUUGAAAAUCCAUUACUGAAUUUAUUGAUGUUUUGAACUGUAUACACACUAACAGUUGAAUUGUAUUUUUUUUUUUCUUUUCAAUACCUGUAUUGUUUUAAUUUGAAGAUAAGGUUUAUUGGGUGAAAUAUUUGAAAUGUAAGAUUUUUUUUUUUGCUGAAUAGUCUUUGAAUAUCACAUUCAAAUUUAAAUCUAAAGAGUACUCAAACAAUUGAAAUAGACUAGCAUAGCUCCAGUUAAAUAAUCUAAAAUCUAUAAAGAUUUAAAUAAAUGAUCAAAAACAUCUAAAAGAUAAUUAGGUAAAAAUUAAAUUAAACUAGUAAAGUUGUAUACACUAAACUAGAAAUAAUAUACUACAAGUCUUAAUUUCAAAAAGAUUUAAAAGGAAUAAGUCCUAAAAGAAAAAAAAUAAAGAAAGAUAAAUAACAGAUCAUUCUAAUAAGAAAACAAACCCAGAGCUCAGUUUAUUUAUUUUCCUUGCAUUUAUUAUCAAUCAGUAAUUUCAUUGUUAUUUUGUUGAUCAUCAGUAUCUUCCAUUUUUGCUGCCUUUACCUGAAAGAGAAAUCAUUUGUUAAUUAUUUUCAUUUAUCAUUUGCCUUGAUAUAAAUCUUUCAAUAUAAUUUUAACUUAC